AUGAAUGAAACAGAGAAAGUGAUUUGGCGACAUCACAACAACCAGGGUCGACGUACACGUGACCCAGCCCGGAGAGCUACAGUGGUGACCUAUAACCCUGGGAGUGUAUCGGGUGAAUAUGAAGAAUCUGACACCAUGUCUAACAUCGAGGGUCCUGUUAGUAACUUCUCCAGAGGAGGGUACAUGCGGUCAAGUCUUCCCAUCGUACGGUCACCCCCCAACACCUACGAACGACCCAUGGGAUUUGUGUUCCUUAUUUAUCGGGAAGAAACACGACGUGCUGUGUUACCAAAUGAAAUCACACACCUUGAUACUGUGCGGGCCAUGUUUGUACGCGCAUUUCCACAGAAGUUAAAUCUUGAAAUUCUGGAGUCGCCACGUAGGAAAAUAUACAUUUUAGAACCGAAGAGUUCCAUUUACUAUCAACUUGAAGAUUUACGGGACAUCCGAGACCGAGCAGUGUUAAAGAUACAUGAAUGUGACAGUUUUGAACCCCAGAAGAUCAAGGAACCAGCCCCAGAGACACGUGGCAAGCUUGUACAACCCCCAGCAGGACAGCGAGGCCAGGGAUUCCCUGGGGAGUCCCCAGCUACGGCCAUCACUGAUCAUGUACGGAAGGCCCAGACAAUGCCUGCAAGUAUGACUCACUCCUAUCCUUCUUAUGUUGAAAUGGAGUAUGAAAGGCCAAGGUCACAGACACCUGAUCCUGCUCGAAUGUCCCGGAGUCAGGGGUCAUCAUCUGGGACGUAUGGUCGUGUUAUGUAUCAAUCUCCUGAACGCCAGCUCUCACUUGAACGUCCCAAUCUAAGACCUAUCCCAGAAAAUCAUCAGAUGCAAAAUGGCUACAUUCCAAAUAAUAAGGUCUCUUAUGAUGACUCUGAUGGACGAGGCCAGCCUAUAUAUGGUCAUCUCACAAGCAGUCGAAGUCAACCUCCGCCUGGAGACCCCCUGCGGAGAGCCCUGUCUCCUACCCCCUCUAGUGCAGUUUCGCAGGAAUAUGAUCAUUUUCGAGCACCAGGAGGGCCUGCGCCCGGAGCGCCUCCUCAGACUUAUGUUGCCCAUGGGACACGAGCAAGUGGUGUGUCCACUCCGCAGAGGGCAACUGGACCAGGGACAGACCAACGACAUGCCAUGCAUAACAACAGGCAUUCUUUAGCAUUCACUCCAAUGGCAGAUAAAACGGUAUCGCCUACCAAACCUAUGGUCACUAAUGGAGUACCGAGAUCUCAGAGUUACAGAGUGGCCCCGGAUACUGAGAGAUCUGUACCGUUACCACAGCGACCUCGGAGCGUGACUCCUCAACCUGUACCUCCAGAUGUAGACUCAAAGUUUCGUAUGGACAAGAUGGAGGCCCAGAUAGCAAACUUGGCAGCCUGGGUACAAACUGCUGUAGUGUCCACCAACUCAAGUCGUGCUAGCAGUGUAAGGAGUGGAGCCAGUACCACUCCCUCCGACAUUGCUGGUUCACAGUUUGGGAGCACACCUGGAAAGGUGGAAGAGGAUGGUGAAUUAGAUACCAAAGGUCUAUCAGAUCUUUCUACUGCCUCACAAACGACCUUGACCCCAGGAAUUAAGGAGGGUAUCCUCAAUAUCAAAAAGCAGACAACAGAAUUGCGAUCUGAUUUGCGUAAUAUUCGGCGUCUCCACCAACUCAAUAAAGAAUGCAUACAGGAGUCGAUACAGGAGACUUUACAGAAAAUUACAAAAGUACUGUCUACUGUACCGGGUACAGAAAACCAGGUACUACGAAAACAACGCAGUGAAACAGACGUCCGUUUGAAAUCCUACAUCGGAGACAAAGCUAUGGCCUUCAGGGAACUUAGUGACCUUGAAGCAUGUGUGGAAGAGCUGCGGUUUGAUGUUCUGUCACGACACUGUCUCGUCAACAUGGCUGAUGUAGAGGGUAUGGCCCUCCUUCUCAGUCAGGUGGCUCGGUGCCUGGGAGAACUGAAAGGACUUUUCCCAUCCCUACAAGAGGAGGUGAAGCAUGUUCUGGCUGGUGAAAUGGAGGUCGUGGUUAAGGAGGAAAAAUUCCUCAAAGACGAGCCAGAAAGUUUGGAAGAGGGUUUAAAACGCUGCAAGAAGCUGACAAAUACUCUGUUUAACUUUAAAAGUGACUCAGUUGACUCUGUUGAUAGUGACUCAGUUGACUCUGUUGAUAGUGGCUCUGUUGGCUCUAUUGAUAGUGGAUCUGUUGAUAGGGGCUCUUUGGCUCUGUUGACUGUUGAUAGUGGCUCCAUUGGCUCACUUGAUAAAAACUCUAUUUCGUCUGUUGAUAGUGGCUCUGUUGGCUCUAUUGAUAGUGGCUCUGUUGGCUCUGUUGAUAGUGAUUCUGUUGACUUGACAGUUGCUCUGUUGGCUGUGUUGAUAGUGUCUGUUGACUCCAUUGAUAGUGGCUCUGUUGGCUGUGUUGAUAGUGGCUCUGUUGACUUGGCUCUGUUGACUGUUGAUAAUGCCUCUGUUGAUAGUGGCUCUGUUGACUCUAUUGAUAGUGCCUCUGUUGAUAUUGGCUCUGUUGAUAGUGGCUCUGUUGGAUGUGUUGAUGGUGGCCCUGUUGACUCUGUUGAUAGUGGCUCCAUUGGAUCUGUUGAUAGUGGCUCUGUUGACUCUGUUGAUAGUGGCUCUGUUGGAUCUGUUGAUAGUGGCUCUGUUGAUUGUGGCUCUGUUGACUGUUGA